CCAACGCUGUCGUAACUCCCACCUUUAGGGUUCUGAUUUUCGAGCAGUCUCGCUGUCGUAACUCUCUCCUCUAUGCGGUUCUACGCUGAUCCAUUCGGCUGUGUCGGGUCUUUUUGAGCCAUUCGUCCCCGCUACUUCGGAGAGGAGAAGAGAAAUGGCUGCAGCUUUGUCCCGUGCCCUCAAACUGCCUGGGAAGAAGGGCUCUGAGCUGGGGGAGUACGACCCCCUCACCCAGGCAGACAGCGAAGAGAGUGAAGAAGAUGACCUGGUGCUCAACUACCCCCGAAAUGGCCUUGGUAGGGAUGGAAUGGGCCACUCAAAGCUGCGGGGUGGCAGGUCUGGAAGACCUCUGGGGCCCAAAGAUGAAGCACAGGGGGAGGGGGAGGAUGAGGAGGACGAAUGGAGGGAGCGACUCCCCAGCAAAUCCAGGAAGGACAGAGACCACAUGAAAGGAAUGCAGUACUGGAGCCACAGGGACUCGGGCAGGGACAGAGCAGGGAAGGACAGAGGGGGGUCCCUGAGCGGUGCAGGGCGGGGGGUGCACAGAGCAGAUGCAGAGGAAAAGAAGAAGAUGAUGAAGAAUGCUGUCCGGAGCAUGUUCUUCCUGGUGCCACUGGUCUGCGCCGCCGUGCUUGUGCUGCUGUGUGCAUUCCUGAUCCCCUGCAGGAAGGGUGAGCUGGAACGGACGCUGCAGUGGGAGAGAGCACUGGAAGAUGCUGGAGGUGUCACCCCACCUGCACUGGCGCUGUGGGAUGUCGAUGGUGAUUCAGUGGAGGACAUGUUUCUUGGUGUUACUGAAUGGACCAAUGACACCCAUCCCACACAAAGGAGCAAAAUCUAUGCUGUGGUGGUGCUGUCUGCAGCCAGCGGCCAGGUGCUGUGGAGGAAAGUCAUGAGAGAGUCUGUCAUGUACAUCCAGUGUGGUCUGCAGUACAGCACCCAGUCGUCACCCGUGUGUCUCCUCAUCAGCAAAUCCAUCCUCAUGGCAGUCAACGGCACCACAGGGAAGAAUCUGUCAUCGCUCCAGCUCAAGAACAUUGAAUCCCAGGCCGUGUUGCUCCCAGACCUCCAGGGCGACUCGGUCCCAGAUCUGCUCAUAGCCACCCUGCCCACAGAUGAGACUUUGGACCUCUCCCUGACCUUGGUCUCGGGGCUGACGGGGACACAGAUCGGACGUCCGGUGUCUUUCAGCUUCACCGGGCAGGGAAAGCUGAUUGGUCCUUUGCUGCAUCAGACACCAAAAGGGGCAUACUACGUCCUCUUUGGACUGGGUAACGUCCAGGCCAUCUCUCUGUGUGAUAUCUACAUUCGAGCCACUGGCCAAACGCCCGUACCUCAGGCUCUUCAAAUGAAGGAUCCAGGGUGGGAGAAGCUAAGAACCAACUCUUCCUCCUUCAUACACAUUUACAGAGGAUCUGAGAGCGUGGAGUUCCUGCACCCCCUUGUGGCUGGUUUUGGUAACAACCGCAACAACCUGGACAUGGUCUCUAACUUCAGUGCCUCCAAAAGUGACUGGGUGCUGGUGUAUGGCACCAGCAAAGUCUCAGUGAUCAAACAGAGGGACAUACGUAAGAAAUGGACCUUCAGCUCAGAGCCCAUUCACAGCCAACCAGCCUUGGGACACUUCAGUGCCGACGGGAUCCUCGAUCUCUUCUUUCAGCAUUCAGCAAACGGCGUCAUGGAGGCGCAGGUCAUUGAUGGGGACAGCGGGCGCCUUCUCUGGUCUGCAGAGUUUGUGUGUCCUGGUCUUGUUUUGGAAGCGUCAGUUGUCUCCACCUUGACUGGCCAAUCGGUUUUCCUCUUCUGGGCCAGUGAACCAAUCAAAGUGCAGAAGAAUGUUACCAGGACAACUGGGGCACCGGGUGCUGCUGCAGCUGAGCCUCUCAUCAGAAAACUCUUUCUGCUACACCCUGCAUAUCCCACAAUCCUGCUGGAGCUCACCAGCACCACAGACACGGCAGUUAUCUCGGCAGUGAGUUAUCAGGAGCAUCAGAAAGACGCCUCCUACAUCACCGUAUCCUCCCGGCCCACAACUGAUUCGAAGCCCAUCGCCCGGAUCGUCAAGCGCAUGAGCCUCAGAGCUGUAAUCACCAAAGCACAAAUAGUCAGACUGGAGGAAAACGGGGGAGCUGUAAAGCCUGGCGUUUUCGAGGUCAACAAGUUCUUCAGGCAUCUGUCCUUCAAACGUCAGUGACGAGCCAACGCUGCUGCCACACAAGGCGGUGCGACUGCAGGGACUCGUGUCAGGAUGAAAGGGGCAAGCUGUGGAGAGCUCUGCAC